GUCGAAAAAAAAAUGUUUUUUUUUUCAGGAAAAAAAUUAUGUUUUCUGGGGAAAAAAUUUGUUCGUUACAAAAGAGUUUGGAAAUAUAUGAGGGUGUCUAAAAAAAAUGUGUUUAAAAAGAAAAACACGAGACUAGUGAAAAUUGAAAAAAAAGAAAAAAAAAUCAUAAAAAUGGAGGGUUCGAUUACGAAAGAUGAUUAAAAUUGGAAAAACAAAUAUAAGGAAAAAUCGGGCCAAUUGUUCAUCGUUAUUUCGUGAAAUCUGUAUUUCGAGCAAAAAGCACCUCCGGCAAGUGUUUCGCCGCCGGCUGAACGACGUAAUCGUUCCAUUUGCUUCGCAAUCAGAUUACACAGCUACUUGUCACUCCUAGGUUUGAGGUGAAGAAGAGGAAUUAUGAGCAGUAGGAAAGGUGUGAAGUGGGAUGAAGCAAAUCUGGGGGAAAUUGAAGCAAAUAAACCUGUAAGGCAGAAAAUCACUGAACCAAAGACCCCAUAUCAUCCAAUGCUUGAUGUUGAUGGAUCUUUGUCUCCCAAUAUACGUAGGGAUACUAGUUUUCUAGAAGGCGAUGACAACACCAUUCAUGCAGAAGCAAUUCGUUCUGCAUUGAAUGACGUGGCAUCUUCUAGUAGUAGUAGUAAUAACAACCUCCAACGUGCCAGCUGGACAUCAUCAGAAGAUGAAGCUGAUUACAUGGAUCAAGAUAACCAAGAUUCUGAGACGGGGAGAGGAAAGGGGUUUAAAGAGCACAGGCGGGCCCACUACGAUGAAUUUCAUAAAGUUAAGGAAAUGCAACGGAAAGGUUCUUUCGAUGACGUGUCAUCUGACGAGGAUGGAGGAAAUAGGAAGAAAACAAACGGGAAACAACGUGGGUUGUCCACGUCAUCGUCCUCGCUGGCAACUGGUUUGGAGGAUAUUGACCUCAAAGAUGCGGCUACAGAUUUAUCGCCUCCAAGGGGAUCUCACAUUUGAAUUGAAUGUCAUUCAAUCCAUGGAUUAAUUGAAUUCUAUAACUCUCUAUCUAUGUUCUUUUAACUCUUGAGACACAUAUGACAUUGAUGAUAAUUAAUAAAUAAGAAUUUUUCAA